UCCCCUCAGCACUCCCUGUGCAGCAUCCAGCCCCCGACACUCAUUAACCAGCGCUCUCCAGAGACGGUGCCGCGCCGCGACUGCUCCCGCUCCACGCCUGGCGGAUCCUGCAGCACGCCCGGGCAGCAGCUUCCCUCCAGCCUGCGACAGCGACAGACACGGCUCUGCUACGACCACAUGGCCACUGCGGGAAAAGUUAUCAGGUGCAGGGCUGCUGUUGCCUGGGCCCCGGGAAAACUCUCUGUUGAGGAGGUGGAAGUUGCACCCCCAAAGGCAGGGGAAGUCCGGAUCAAGCUUGUGGCCACAGGCAUCUGUGGCACAGAUGAUCACGUUCUGCAAGGCUGCUUUCCCAACGCAGAAUUCCCAGUUAUCCCUGGGCAUGAAGGAGCUGGAAUUGUGGAAAGCGUUGGAGAAGGAGUGACCUCUGUGAAACCAGGUGACAAAGUGAUUACAGUUGGCGUCCCUCAGUGUGGGGAAUGCAGCUUCUGCCGGAAUCCUGAAUCCAAUUAUUGCCAGAAUUUCUCUGAACCACAAAACCUGCUGCCAGACAAGACCAGCCGCUUCUCAUGCAAAGGGAAGCAGAUCCAUCACUUCCUGUGGGUCAGCGCCUUUGCAGAAUACACUGUGGUCCCAGAAUACACUGUUGCCAAGAUAGAUGCUGCAGCACCUCUAGACAAAGUCUGCUUGUUUGGCUGUGGGUUUUCCACAGGCUAUGGGGCUGCCAUCAACACAGCCAAGGUAAAACCAGGCUCCACCUGUGCUGUUUUUGGCCUUGGAGGAAUUGGCCUCUCUAUUGUCAUGGGCUGCAAGGCAGCUGGAGCUUCCCGCAUCAUUGCCGUGGACAUCAACAAGGACAAGUUUGCCAAGGCCAAGGAGCUGGGAGCCACUGACUGCAUCAACCCUCGAGACUUCCAGAAGCCCAUCCAGGAGGUGCUCACUGAGAUGACCGGGCAGGGCGUGGACUACUCAUUUGAGGCCUUCGGGCACAAGGAUACCAUGAUUGCUGCCUUGGCUUCCUGCAAUAUGAGCACUGGUGUCUUUGUGAUGGUUGGAGAAGUGGAUGCUGGUUCAGAGAUUUCCAUCGAUCCCACACUUCUGCUGACUGGGCGUACAUGGAAAGGGACUUUGGUUGGAGGCUGGAAGACGAGAGAAUGUAUCCCCAAAUUAGUUUCCGGCUACUUGGAGAAGAAAUUCAAUUUGGACUUGCUGAUCACACACACGCUGCCAUUCGCUAAAGUGAACGAGGGAUUUGAGUUGCUACGUGCAGGAAAAUGGUGAGACUCUGACCAGCAGCAAACCUCAGCACCACCUCCUAAAGUUCCAACAGGCAGAGCAUGCAACACUGGCUUCCCAAAGAGCACCUGAGCCUUUUGAGGAAGUAGGGCCUCCCAGCUGAGUGCUGGCAAGAUCUGCCACAGCCCCAAGGGAAGAGCCCAUGUUCAGCACAGGGAACCCUCCUGCUCAUGCUUCAGCUCAGCACAGAUCCUGUGGCCUUAUCCCGUGAGGGGCUCCCCUCAGCAGGGAUUUGAAGGCUGCCCCAUUGCUGCACGCCUCAUGCAGCUCAGUCAGGAAGAGGCUGGAUGGCAGAGAAGGUGGCCGGUCCCCAGGCACACCUGCCUGCCACACUGCCUGCUCCUGAGCUGCAGCCAAGCCUCCCUUCCCUUCCACGUUUCAGUAUCCGCACUGUCCUGCUCUUCUGAGGGACGCGGCCUACGAAGCCGAGCGGAGGGACCAGCGCAGCAGGUGCUCUCCUGGCCCGGGCCCUUCUCAACCAGCACCUCCCCUUGUGGGGCACCAGGAGAAGAGAAUGAGGAACUCACCUGUGCUGCUGUCACUGCUGGUCCUGCUGUGCCCAGACAGGACAUGAAAGGAUGUCUCUCCCAGGA